GGCCCGGGGAAUCCGCGCCCACACACUCUUGCAGAGAUGGCAGGCGGCGACAGCCGGCGCGUCGUGGGCACCCUCCACCUGCUGCUGCUGCCGCUGCUGCUGGCGGCUGUCUUGUCCCUGACAGCCGGGACUCAGAGUCCCGACACCAUUCCCUGGACCAUGGAGAAGAACCACCACCAGCCAGCACAUUUGAACUCUUCAUCUCUUCAGCAAGUUGCAGAAGGCACCAGUAUUUCUGCAAUGUGGCAAAAUGACCUGAGACCAUUGCUGAUAGAACGCUAUCCAGGGUCACCCGGAAGCUACUCUGCCCGUCAGCACAUCAUGCAGCGAAUUCAGAGGCUUCAGGCUGAGUGGGUUGUGGAAGUCGACACCUUCUUGAGUAAGACGCCCUAUGGGUACCGGACCUUCUCGAAUAUCAUCAGCACUCUUAACCCAGAAGCUAAACGACACUUGGUCCUUGCCUGCCACUAUGACUCCAAGUAUUUCCCUGGAUGGAACAGCAGAGUGUUCGUGGGAGCCACAGAUUCAGCUGUGCCGUGCGCAAUGAUGUUGGAGCUAGCUCGUGCCUUAGACAAGAAACUCCAUUCCUUGAAGGAUGUCUCUGGUUCCAAGCCAGAUCUCUCGCUCCGGCUCAUUUUCUUUGAUGGAGAAGAGGCUUUUCUUCACUGGUCCCCUCAAGAUUCUCUGUACGGCUCUCGGCACUUGGCCCAGAAGAUGGCCUCCACCCCACACCCUCCCGGAUCGAGAGGCACUAACCAACUGCAUGGAAUGGAUCUGCUGGUCUUACUAGAUUUAAUUGGAGCUGCAAAUCCAACAUUUCCCAAUUUUUUCCCCAAGACCACCAGAUGGUUUAAUAGACUCCAAGCAAUUGAACAAGAACUCUAUGAAUUGGGUUUGCUCAAGGAUCAUUCUUUGGAGAGGAAGUAUUUCCAGAAUUUUGGCUAUGGAAAUAUUAUCCAGGAUGACCAUAUUCCAUUUUUAAGAAAAGGUGUUCCAGUUCUUCAUUUGAUAGCUUCUCCUUUCCCUGAAGUCUGGCACACCAUGGAUGACAAUGAAGAAAAUCUGAAUGAGUCAACCAUUGACAACCUAAACAAAAUCAUUCAAGUCUUCGUGUUAGAAUACCUUCACUUGUAAAUAUUUGAGUUUAGUUCAUGGUGAUUGCUUCUGUAUCAAAUUCAAAAGUCAAGUUGGUGUUUAAAUAAUCUGGUUCCAGAUAAAUGUUGUAUGUAAAACUUCCGUCCUAUAGAUUCAUCCUGUAGGUGUUUUUGGAUAUGUGAUCAGUGAGCCAUAGAAUUCUAUGAUGCCUUUAAUUGCUCAUUAGUUUUCAUCUAGAGACGAGAAAGGAACAUGCAAAGAAAUAAAGAAUAAAUAACUUUUGAAACUCUUUUAGAUGAAAACUUUAAAAUGACAUUAGAUUUACUUAUCAAUAUCAUGGACGUUUAUACACUACUUAAAUAUGAUGAUGGUGUACAAUAUAUAGCUGUAGUUUUAUAUGUUAUGUUAUAUAGUGUCUUAUAUACCGUGUUAUGUAAUAUAACACAGACAUGUAUUUUGACAGCCCUUAAAUUUCUUCAAGAAAGAUUUGUGGAGUUUAUUUCUUGGAAAUUAAAGUUUGAGUUAAAUGUUAUAUAGUGA